CACUGUCUCUGCUUGAAAAAUCAGUGAGUCAAACAGUUUCUGUGGCUGCUUCGUCUUCAAUGAUACAUGGCCUCACUUAUGAUAAUCUGUGUGUGUGUGACCAAUAGCAGAGCAUUAAGUGUACACAGCAUAAAUAAACCACAACAAAUAUAUCAAUUUGUCUGUUAUAUACUGUAAAAAAAACAACACAUAAUCAGUACCGAUAACUAGAUAAAGUGCAUUAAAGGCCAUGCAAUAAAAUCCAAAUGCAUACAGCUAUGAAGAGAGAGACAUAUUCAGUGCAGUAGCCCUGAGGAUAAUCUCAUACAUUAUGUAAGUUCCAGCAAAACAUUCACUGCAUUUCUCCAUAGAGCCAGUGCUGAAGUCUAAAAUGAUAUGGGAAUUCUUCAGAUAGCUGAAUGAGUCAGAGACGCAAGGGAAAUGAUCAAAAUAUUUGGGAUUCCUUUAGCAGAUGGUGAGGAGAAAACCGAGAAGACUAAAGCACCUGAGGCUGCCCCAGCUGCAGAAACAGAGAAGAAGGAGCAGACAGAGGACGAGAAGGUACUCUUCUACCAUGUCCAGGUCCUUAACAAAAAGCCCAGAAGUCAGUCUUUGAUACCUGUCUAUGAGGAUGUACCAGCAAAACAGGAUGGGUCAGGAGGCUCAGAAGACUCUGACAGUGAUGAAGAGGACAGCGACGACGACAGUGACGAGUCCAGUGAAGAUGAGGAUGAUGAGGAUGAAGAUGACACAGACGAUGAAGAAGAUGAAAAAGAAGAUGAGCCUCUCUCUUUGGAGUGGCCUGGCACACGACGUAAGCAAGCCACCUACCUCUUCCUGCUGCCUAUAGUUUUCCCUCUGUGGCUCACAGUCCCUGAUGUUCGCAAUCAGAAAUCCAGAAAAUUCUUUGUCCUCACCUUCUUGGGCUCCAUUAUGUGGAUUGCUGUCUUCUCCUACCUCAUGGUGUGGUGGGCCCAUCAGGUGGGUGAGACUAUCGGCAUCUCAGAGGAGAUUAUGGGCCUGACUAUUCUGGCUGCAGGGACUUCCAUCCCUGACCUCAUUACCAGUGUCAUUGUGGCUCGCAAAGGCCUGGGGGACAUGGCUGUAUCCAGCUCUGUGGGCAGCAACAUCUUUGACAUCACUGUGGGUCUACCAGUCCCGUGGCUCUUGUACUCAUCCUUCCACGGUUUUGCUCCAGUGGCCGUCAGCAGCAACGGGCUCUUCUGUGCCAUCGUGCUGCUCUUCCUCAUGCUCCUCUUUGUCAUCAUCUCCAUUGCAACAUGUAAAUGGAAGAUGAACAAGGUGCUGGGUUUCACCAUGUUUCUCCUCUACUUCAUCUUCCUGGUGCUCAGUGUUAUGCUGGAGGAUCGGAUCAUCAUCUGCCCUGUUUCUAUCUGAAAGUGUGAACAGAGGCCUUGUCAACAGCAAAUGUUCUCUCCACUUGUGAGCUGAAGCAGAACUGUUAACCCUUAAAUGUACGGAUUACAUGAGCAUGGAUCAGGAUAUCUGUAGAAACCAUUCGGAAUGCUACUAUAGUUGCUCUGCAUCGUGGCUGGUAUGUCAGCAGCAAUACACAUAUGACAACAUUUUGUAGAACCUGAUACAUACUCACUUUUAGCAACAAUGGCAGCUUUUUUACUUAUUUUUCAUAAUACCAGGAAAUGCAGAACUACUAUUUAAUACUGUGUAGAUUGUCCACUAACGGGGACAUUAACAUUUUUCACUGUUUACACAACAUUAUCUAUGGUAUUAAACUAGAAGUCUAGAAUAUGUGUACAUUUUGGAAAACUAGCUUUCUAAAUGUGAAUUUUGUACAAUAUGUAAGCAUACAAAUGCAUGAAUAAAAUGUUUCACAACAUUC